AAUCUGAGCAUCUUUCAGUGGCUUCGGUUCAGCGCGAUUCUGAUCCGCCCUGAUUUCAAAGGCAUUCCCGGAUAGCGAGCUCACCUGCCGUUUUCCGGCUCCGAAUUUCCCCAUUCUCUGCUGCCUCUCUAACAUCAUGGUGGCCGUCAGCCUGUUGAGGCGUCUCUGCGCUGCAUUGGCAUUCGCAAUGAUCGCUGCUUCCUUCACUCUGCCAGCACUUGCUGACGUCACAUCCACUGGAGUCACAUCCGCUGCUGUCACGUCCGCUGCUAGCCGUGUGGCAAAGCGCGAGGCUCGCAGGCUGCUGCCUGGCGCCAAGGCACGGCAGUUGGGAGAGACAACUUCAGUUGCUGCUGGUAACUGGGCCGGGUCUGACACCACCAGUCCUAGUGGCUGCACCAGCAGCAGUGGUGACACCAGCAGCAGUGGCGAUGGCGGCAGCAAUGGUAGCAGCGAUGUGGACGUGGCAGCGAUUCUGGAGGAGCACAACAAGGUGCGGCAGGAAGUGGGCAUGCCGGACCUCGCAUGGGACGAGGGAGUGGCACUCGCAGCGCAGCAGUGGGCAGCUGAGCUCGCUUCCAAUGGAUGCAACCUGGAGCACGGAGGGGCUGACGGACUCGGGCAGAACCUGUACUGGAAGGCGCCUGUGCAGCUGAACAGUGCCGAGGACCGGGCGGCAGUGCAGUCGUGGGUGGCAGAGAAGGAGGACUGGACGUACAGUGCCGUGCCGGAGGGGUGUGCGGAUGGCAAGCAGUGCGGGCACUACACGCAGGUGGUGUGGCGGGAUACCACGCAUGUUGGGUGCGCUGCUGCCCAGUGCGCGGAUGGGGGGGGCAUUUGGGUGUGUGACUACUGGCCGCAGGGGAACAUGAUUGGGUCCACUCCCUACUAGGCAUUUCCUGCAAUGAGGGGAGG